CAACCGUGUCAAAUGUUUGUCAAUUGAUGGGGAUUUAUCUAUACAUGAUAUAGCAUGAUAUGUCAAACCAGAUAACCACAACACAGGUCGCCUCUCUUAUGCCAUACUUCUUAACAUUGUCUAAUAGCUCAGCUGGAUGGUGUUCCUCCCUGCGAGGUCGUAUGGAGAAGUCGGCAUGCCGACUCCUGGAUCGCACCUUACCCUGCGACCUGUCUCAACAAACGUCAACAAAGAUUCAAUCGGUGAUUUUCAAUUGUUCUCCUUUCCACUGCAUUUCAGCUGCAUCUGCACAAUUUCGUCCAUCGUUAUCAUACGCAUCGUUACCUGACCUUCGCUUUAUCCUUACCCAUACCCAUUAUCAAAAGUCCAAUUGUUCAUCAUGGUGGAUUGGAAAUCCGAAGCGGGGCUGUAUAAUCGUCUACCACGCCCACGAUUCCUCACCGAUGGGAGUGAGAACCACUGGCACAUCGAAAUCAAUCGGAUCGAAGAGAACACGGGACGAAUCCAUUUCACGCAGAAAUGCUCAGCGGCGGUUCAGUUUCAAUCCCGCGCCAUUGUUGAGCUUCCAGAGGAGGGCUCCAUAGAACUGGCAAAAGUCGUUGUUGAUAGACUUAUAUACAAUUUCCUAUUCCCCGGGAAGAGAAUCGCUUCCGGUGUCCGGUCUAACCGUGUUCUCAUAUCUGGAAGAUUUGCUCCGUACAUUCUCGAAACCCGAACGGCCGAAUUUGCUGCGUGUCUUGGGCAGGUAAUGGAAGAGGUGGGAAUCAAAAAGCUUCCUCACAUUGUCAUCGAACCUCAAGACGAUAUCGCGGGACAGAAUCUCCAGGCCGAUGCCGAAACGGCCUGCACGACGAUGGACGAUCCCCAAAGCACCGAUAUCGAUAUUGAAGCAGGAUUGUCUAUGUUUGAUGAUCCCGAAAGCACUAAGGCCGAUAUUGAAGCCAGUUUCUCGAUAUUCGAUGAUCCCCAAAAUACCGAGGUUGAUAUUGAAGCAGAAGUCUCGAUGGUUGUUAGUCCCCACGGAACAGAGGUGGAUGUUGAAGCAUCAUUCCCAAUGUUCGACAAUGCCCAAGGCACAGAGGUGGGUGUUGAGGCAUCAUUCGCGAUUUUCGAUAAUACCCAAAGUCAUUCCCCUAUGUGGCUACCGAGACGGUCUCAUGCCGCAAAUCCCACUGCCUCUUACAGCUCCAGGGCAGGACGUAUUCCGGAGGGACUGCGAACCACGAUCCAGGAAUUAUUCGGAUGUACUCCAGACGACCCGAUGUUCAGCACCAAAGCUCUAGGGACUGAUGACGUUACGAUUUCACUCUCACAAAAGUUAUCGAAAUCGCCGGAUUUCCUAGAAGAAUUGUUUGUAAGCCCGAGGUUUCGAGGGGCUUGCGCAAAAAUACUCGACCCCAGCGAAAACGGCGUGAACGAUAAAAUUUGGGACCUAGGUGCCUUUCCCAUUUUGCUGAUGCUCCUAAGGCCACCCAAACGAGGACUACUGCACAAGUCAGCGCACAAGUCAAACCAGAGACAGGCGCCUAAGCAGCCAAUGACCAUAGAAAGCUCGUCGAAGGCUGCUCCUGGUUCUUGGCCCGAGACCAGUGGGGAAGAGUUAGGGGAUUCACCCGAACAGAGUCGGGAAACUGGGGAAACAAGCUCUUCGAAGCCGGAUCCAGGGCCCGAAAUCAGUAGAAAGAGCAAAGCGCGAGAACCGCCGACAGUCAAAGUGGAGCGACCGAGCUUGACUCAACACGAACCUACUCCUAUUCCUACCAACUGUACUGUGUGCAAGAGUGCAUCUACACCAGAGGAACUGGAGCUCUUUCCCUGCCGUUAUUGUCAAAGAAUAUGGUACUGUUCCAGGGUCUGCUUACGGUUCGAGGCCGCAACGCAUAGUGGGGUGUGCUUCAAGCGUGUGCCACCACGACGCAGGAGGGAGGGAACGGAAAAGCGCCCUGAGGUGGCUAGCAAAGAGAGCCCGAAGGACCCAAAUCGAGAAGACCUCAGCGGGAAAGACCCCAGCGGAGAACCCCCCAGCGGAGAGGGCUCCAACGAAGAGGAACCUCAUCGACAUAGCCCCAACGAGGAGCAUCUCAACAUGGAGGAAUUGGACGACCACCAUACCAGCAGCGAUGCACUCAGAGAGGAGAGUCCGACAGGAAAGGAAAGGGGCAAGAAAAAACCAAAAGAGGGAGCUCCCGACUACCAAUGUAAGCACCUUCGGGGCCCUACUCGAGUGUGUCAGAGUUGCAAAAAGCGUGAAGCAACUCUAAAACGGCCCCUGAAACUGUGCCGUUGCAAGAAGGUGCAAAGCAUUUUUGCCCCCUCUCUGGGAGCUGAUCGGUGCUGGGCUGGAUACUCCCGAAUCCUUCGAGACUUUCUUCGGCCCCAGCUGGCCAACCAUUGCUCGCCAGCACCGGGAGAAUCGAAUUGCUAUUCUUCACCGCCAUGAAUGUUUUGUUAAAAUGCAUACGGACGGUGCUGGGAUUUACAAACUGCAGAAGAAACUUCGUCUUCGGCCUGCCAGCGAGGUCGAGAAGAGGGAUCUCCAGGAGAUUCAAUCGAUCAAGGAAAAGAUGAUGCCAUGUGAGGACCUUGGCCUCAUCCAAGUCUUUCGCAUACAUGACAUGCAAGAGAUCGUUUUCGCCUACGGGGACGACUGGGUUCUUGCAGCCGAAUGGCUUCAAUUCGCUACAGAAGCACUGGCACGGCAAAUUGUCUGACACGACCAAGGUCGGCUUUACGUCUCUAGAACUUCUGGCACUGCACUGUAAUCAACACGGUCGUCUAUGUACUUCUAAACAGUCACUCGUUUGCAAAUUUCGUUAUAGGAUAGAUAGAUUGUUGGAUCAUGUCGCACACUCACUG